AUCUCACUGGGGAAUCAUUGUUCAAUUGUAAUGAAAUCAGUUCUACAACCAUUCAACAAAUUUCUCAAGAAUUUUCAAACUUAAUCAAUUGGCACCCAGAAUCAGCACCGGAAGUUCUCCAAGUUUAUUUUGACAACAAUUGCAUAGAAAUGAAUGACAAAGAAUAUAAGAAUUUUCAUACGAAAAUUCAAAAGUCUAAUAUGGCGUCAUUUAAAAGCUCUCUGUCAGAAGAUGAAUUGAAAUUCACCACAAUGUACCCAAUAUUUCGCGGUGUAGUAAAUUCUGGUAUAAUAAAGGAUAAAUGGGGUGAGAUCCAAUCCUUAUCCACGCAAAGUGAAAGAAAUUCAAACACCAAUCCAUUUCAGAGAAGCAGAAUAGGCAGAAAAAUUGAUAUGCUGGGGUUCUUGUUGAACACACCAAAUAAAAUGGAGGUAAUAUUUGGCGAAGUAUCUUCGGGACUAGGGUCAUUUGGAUUACCAGUAGCGUACAGGAAAAAGAAAUAUGUCGAUAAAGUAAAACUUUCAGUAACGAUGAGAGACGCUUUAAAUGAAAUUUUAAAAGGAUGGAAUCAUAUAUCUGACGAAGAAAGAAAGAAGUUGAUUGUGUUUG